AUGGUUCGGCGUAAGAGUAACACGGCCUACAACUUCAGAAGUGGGAUUAACUCGAUUCAACCGGAUGAAAACCGCGGAGCCGUGCACAUGCACGACCACGAUGUCGCUGUCAAUGGCGACGGUGCUCACGAAGCUGCCCUAACACCUGCAAUUGUUACACCACCCGCGAGUGGCGAAGGUUCCAAUCAGAAUGCAACUCCUGACUUGAACGCAAUGUUUCAAUUACUGAUGGAACAAAAUCGUAUGCUUAUGCAACAACUCUCUGUUUCGAAUUCAAAGACGAAUAAUGAACAAAGUAAUUCGUUUUAUGUCAUGCCGGAUUUGAACAAAAGUGUUAAGUCGUUUACGGGUCGCGAAUCCGGCUCGGAAGCAAAGGAUUGGCUCAAAACUUUUAUUGGAAUGGCCGAAAUUAACAAAUGGUCCGAUGCAUUAAAAAUUGAGUCAAUUCGUGCAAAUUUGAAUGGUCCAGCUCAGCAAUGGUUUAAAAGUCGUCGGUUCAGCUCUUGGGAAAAUUUUGAGCAACAAUUUACGCGAACAUUCAUUGGUAUUCCAAAUCGUACAGAGCUAUGGCACGCAUUGGUCGCUAGGACGCAAUCGAAGAAUGAAGCAACUAUAGAUUACUUUUAUGAUAAAGUACGUUUGUGCAGUGAAUUAUGUUUAUCAUUUGAAGAAACAAAAACACAAUUAUUGGAAGGGUUUUAUUCACAAAGUAUGGUUACAUAUUUAUUAUCAAAACAUCAUACAGAAACUGAUGGUAUGUUUGACGAUAUUUUAACUUAUGAAAGAUUAUAUAAAAUGCGUACAACCCUUUAUGGCUCAAAUAAACAAACCUCCUCAAGCAAUUCAAAUUUAUUCAUUAAAGCUAGUGCUCAAAAAAAUGAAAAAAAUAACUCAAGUCUAGAACCGAAGCAAACCUUAAUCAAACGUUGUUUUAAUUGCUAUAGUACUGCACAUACUAUUAUUAAUUGUCCAGAACCUAAACGGAAGCCGGGGUCAUGCUUCAAGUGUGGAUCUACAGAACAUCAACAACGAGAUUGUAAGAUGAAAAUUAACAAAACAAGUCGAGGCACCAGCGAGGACUCAACAAUGAUGAUUGAAAUCGAUGAGGCAAGUAAUCCACCGUUUAUGCUUGGUAUUGAUGUCAUGUGUGAGACAACUCGUUGGACCACAGAUGCGCUGAUUGAUACAGGUAGUCCAAUUUCUAUUAUUAAGGAAAAUGCUGUUCCUAAAGAUGUAAUUGUUAUCCCUGCUAGUUCUAAACUUUCUGGUAUUAAUAAAAGUCCAUUAAAAGUAUUAGGUGUUAUUAAUACAAAAGUAUCUGUAAACAAUUUACCAGUAGAUUUAAAUAUCAUAUUUUAUGUUGUUGAUAAUAAUACUAUGAAUUAUAAUUGUUUGUUAGGAAGAAAUUUUGUUAAUAACAAUUUAAUCAAAUUAACAUUUGAUAAAAACUUGUUCAUUGAAAAAAAUGAUUCUUAUAAUGAAUUUAUUGUUGAUGAUAUCAUGUUAAUUGAUACUGGUGUGUCAAAUUCAUUACAAUUAGAUAUUAAUAGUGACUUAUGUGCUGAUAUGCAAGAACAGGUUAAAGUAAUAUUUGAUAAACAUUAUACUAAUGCAGUAAGGCCUAUAGAGAAAAAAUUUCAAUAUGAAAUGGAGGUAAAGUUAACUAAAGAUCACACACCUAUUUAUUUUCAACCUAGGCGAAUGUCUUAUAGUGAUAAAGAAAAACUUAAAGUAAUAAUUGAUGAAUUAUUAACAAAUAAAAUCAUAAGACCUAGUUUUUCUCCGUAUUGUUCUCCUAUUGUACUAGUUAAAAAGAAAAAUGGUAACCUUAGACUCUGUGUAGACUUCAGGGAAUUAAAUAAAGUAACAAUUAAAGAUAGAUUUCCAUUACCAUUAAUUGAUGACCACCUUGAUAUGUUAAAAGAUAAAAAAUAUUUUACUAGAUUAGACUUAAAAAAUGCUUUUUAUCAUGUUAAAGUACACAAUGACUCUGUUAAGUAUUUAUCAUUUGUAACUCCUAUGGGUCAAUUCGAAUAUACUUGUAUGCCUUUUGGAUUUUGUAACAGCCCUGCAAUAUUUAUGCGUUAUAUUAAUAAUAUUUUUUAUUCUUUGGUCAAUUCUAAUAAAAUUUUGAUCUAUUUGGAUGAUAUUCUUAUAAGUACUGAAACAAUAGAUGAGAAUAUUAGCAUAUUAAUUGAAGUAUUUGAUAUUAUGACUGAAAAUCACCUUCAAUUAAGAUUAGACAAAUGUUCGUUUUUACAGACUAAAAUUCAUUAUUUAGGCUAUGAGAUUAGUCAUAAAGGUAUCACACCUAAUCCAGAUAAUGUUGAUGCUAUACAUAGUUUUCCUAUACCGAAAAAUGUAAAAGAAGUUCAUAGUUUUUUAGGGCUAGCCAGUUACUUCAGGCGGUUCGUUAAAAAUUUUUCUAUUAUUGCUAAACCCUUAUAUGAUUUAUUAAAAAAAAAUCAAGACUUUGUUUUUGGGGAGGAUCAAUUGUCAACAUUUGAAAAAAUCAAAUCAUUUUUAACAUCUCCACCAGUUCUGUGUCUUUAUUCACCAUUAUUAGAAACAGAAUUACACUGUGAUGCUAGCCAAUUAGGAUUCGGUUCAGUUUUGGUUCAGAAACAGAAACAUGACAAUACCUUCCAUCCAGUAUUUUAUUUUAGUAAACGCACCACUGAGUGUGAAACAAGAUAUCACAGCUAUGAGCUAGAGUGUUUGGCAAUAAUUUAUGCUCUUAAAAGAUUUCAUAUUUAUUUACAAGGUAUGCCUUUUACAAUUGUAACUGAUUGUGAUAGUCUUAGACUUACACUAAAUAAAAAGGAUAUUUGUCCUCGUAUAAUGCGUUGGGCAUUAUUUCUUCAAAAUUAUGAUUAUAAAGUAGUACAUCGCCCUAAUAAACAAAUGUGUCAUGUAGAUGCAUUAAGUAGAGUGCAAAACAUAUUAAUAUUGGAAGCAAAUACAUUCGAACAGGUAUUAUCUAUUAAACAAUCAACAGACCCUCAAAUUGUUGCAAUUCGCGAAAAGUUAGAAAAUUCAGAUAUUCCAUACUAUGAAUUGCGGGAUGGCUUGGUUUAUCGUACAGAUGGAAAAAAAUUAUUAUUUUAUGUACCUAAUGAGUUAAUAGAUAAUGUAAUUAGAACUUGCCAUGAUAAUGUAGGACAUGUAGGUAUCGAUAAAACAUUAUCAUUGAUUAAUAAUUCUUAUUGGUUUCCAAAAAUGAGGGACAAAAUUAAAUAUUAUAUUUCAAAAUGUCUAAAAUGUUUAUCUUAUGCUCCUAAAAAUGGGAAGGCUGAAGGACUACUACAUGCUAUUCCUAAAGGUAAUCUCCCAUUUAAUACUAUUCAUAUAGACCAUUUGGGUCCUUUUGAAAAAGCUCCUCAUGGUCAUAAAUAUAUUUUUCUUGUUACUGAUGCAUUUACAAAAUUUAUUAAACUAUUUCCUACCAAGACCACUAAUAGUAAUGAAGUGAUAAAACACUUAAAAAUGUAUUUUAAUUAUUAUAGCAAACCUAUUCGUUUAAUAUCAGAUAGAGGGUGUGCAUUUACUUCAGCAACAUUUCAGGAAUUUAUAAAAGAGUUAGAUAUUCAGCUUAUACAUAUAGCUACUGGUACUCCUAGAGCAAAUGGACAAGCCGAAAGAGUUAACCGCACAAUUCUUCCAAUAAUAGCUAAAUUAACACCUACUUUAUCUCAAUGGGAUAGGACUUUAAGUGAAGUUGAGUACACCAUUAAUAAUACAAUUAACCGUUCAACAAAUGAAAUACCAGCAGUAUUGUUAUAUGGUAUAAAACAAUUAGGUAAACCUGAUGAUGAAAUAAAAAAAUAUUUAGAUUCUUAUGUUACACAUAAUGAAAGGGACUUAGAAAAACUUAGGCAGGAUGCCUCCAAUCACAUUGACAAGGUUCAUAACCAAAAUAAAAUAUAUUAUGACAGUAAACAUAAAUUACCCACCAAUUAUAGUGAAGGAGACUUAGUUCUAAUUAAUAAUUAUGAUGUCACACCUGGUAUUAACAAAAAAUUAAUUCCAAAAUUUAAGGGACCAUACAUAAUAAAGAAAAAACUACCUAAUGAUAGAUUUGUAGUGACUGAUAUACCAGGGUUCCAGCAGAACCAAAGAUUAUAUGAAGGUAUCAUAUCUAUUGGUAAUAUAAGAAUGUGGCAACCACAUCUUGCAUAG